CGGUUAUCAAAAUAUUUGUUUAAUUAAAUCCUGGCUUCCCAUAAUAUCUGCGUACUUUUCAGGUAUAAAAUGGUUUUUGCAAUAGAAAAAUUUUCAUUCAGUUUUGCAUUUAUCCGUAAAAAGAAUUUUGUGAAAAUGAAAACAUUUUUAGUAUUAACAGUAACUGCAUUUCUAUUCUAUGCAGCAUUCGCCAGAGAUCCUAGAACAACACCACAAGAUCCGUGCGCAAAAAUAAGAUGUCCCAAAAGAAACGAAAUUUGUACCGAAGGCAAUUCUUGCUUGGAACAGUGCGGAAAUUCAACUGACAGAGUUUGUCCGCUUUCCAUUACCACUGGAUGUUUUUGUAAACAAGGUUAUUGCAGAAGUAGCUGUGGCAAAUGUCAACUUUUGAAGGGUUAAUUAGUUGAGCUUAAGAUUAAGAUAAGAUUUUGUAGUUAUUGUAUUAUUCAUAGUUCUUAAGUGUCUUCGCUGAGAUGGUGGUGAAGUAGGUAUAUUGUGUAUUUAGGUGGAAAAGUAUAACACACUCUCCGACGUUGUAAGUUGCUAAGUACACAUAGUAUUUUUUUCAGCGAUAGCCUAAUAUGGAAAAAAAUUGGAAUUGAAAAAAAAAAAAAAAAAAUGUUAUUUGAUAUUUGCAUAUUAUUAGUUGAGUUAAUGUUUAAUAUUUGAUUUUAAAUAAAGUAAAGUUUGUUUCGCCAGGGUUUUUACUUGCCACCAGCAUUUGCCUUCCUUGUUUAACAAAUAAAAAUUGACUGAAACAAAUCAAUGACGUCAAAAACGUUCGUCGGUUCUUAAAUCAUUUUAAUUUGUCAAAAAAAUUGAAUGUGUCAUAUGAAUUAAUCUACGACAACCCUUUUUUUUUCAAGUUUCAAGGUCAAGUAUGAACCCUGGUGAAACGGACCUUAGUACCUACAAAAAUAAUUGAAAUGUAUGUUGCGUUGUGGCUUUUGUUCGACAGUACAGGAAUAACUUUCCCGGCCUAGGUUGAAGAAGUGAUUCCUGAACUGUUAUUCAUUGAUUCCAAACUAACGAUAGAAAAUACCAGAAUAGAGUAUUGUGUUGUAAAGUAAAUACUUUUUGUACGAUCGUGCACAAAGUUACUAAUUCCUGCAUUAUCCACUGUACAAAAAGUACGAAUAACAUAACCUAAAAUGUGGACUAUGAAAAGGCCUAUAGUGUAUCCUCUCCUCUCCUGUUAUUUGA